CUCCCGCAAGCAGGAUGGCCGUGGCCGGCUGGGAGCGCGGGGCCCGGCUGGCGCUUUGCACCGUGGGGCUGGCGCUGUCCGUGUACGCCUUCCACGUGGAGACCUCCAAGGAGCGGGACGCCAGCUACCGGGCCAUGUGCGACAUCAGCUCUGCCGUCAGCUGCUCCCGGGUCUUUACUUCCAGGUGGGGUCGUGGCUUCGGCUUGGUGGCAGACUUCCUGGGGCACCAUAGCCUGCUCAACCAACCUAACAGUAUUUUUGGGAUCGCCUUCUACAUUCUGCAAGUCCUUCUAGGUUUCUCCAACAGCGGCUUGGCGGCCUUUGCCCUACUAGGUUCCUCCCUUGUCUCCAUUGCCGGCUCGCUCUACCUUGCCUACAUCCUCUUCUUUGUGCUCCACGACUUCUGCGUGGUUUGUGUCAGCACGUACCUCCUCAACAUUGCCCUGCUUUUCCUCAACUACAAGCGACUUGGCUAUCUCAACCAGGCCUGGCAGAUCCACAUGCCCAAAGUCAAGCGUCAGUGA